GCUGGGCUGGACGGAUUAGAAUUAAGAAGAAAAAAAAGUGCAGAGGACAGCAGCAUCUGGGGACAGAUUGUCACAUCUGACUAAGAAAGGUUAAUAAAAUGUCCGGACAAGAGUUCAACCUGGUCGAGGGGAAGCCGCUCUUGACAGAAGAGGGAAUAACUGUACUGUUGCAAGAUUAUGAGAUUAAGGAACACGACAUUGAGACAGCUCAUGGAGUGGUCCACGUCACCAUGUGUGGGACGCCAAGACAGAACCGGCCCGUUAUACUGACAUACCAUGACAUCGGACUCAACCAUAAAUCCUGCUUCAACACUCUGUUCAGCUGUGAGGACAUGAAUGAGAUCACGCAGCACUUUUCCGUAUGUCACGUGGAUGCUCCCGGCCAGCACGAAGGAGCCCCUUCCUUUCCAGGAGGGUAUGUGUACCCAUCCAUGGACCAGCUGGCUGAAAUGUUGCCUGGAGUAAUACAGCAGCUUAGCCUGAAAAGUGUGAUUGGAAUGGGAAGCGGAGCUGGAGCCUAUAUCCUGACUAGAUUCGCUCUAAACCACCCCAGCAUGGUGGAGGGCCUGGUGCUUAUUAACAUCAACCCUUGUGCAGAAGGAUGGAUGGACUGGGCGGCCACUAAGCUCUCGGGGUUGGCCCACGGCUUAACUGAUACGGUGAUCUCUCAUCUGUUUGCCAAGGAUGAAAUCCAAAACCACCACGAACUGAUGCACACCUAUCGUCAGCACAUCAUGAGCAUCAACCAGAACAAUCUGACGCUUUUUGUGAAAUCGUACAACAGCCGAAGAGACCUAGAAAUUGAACGUCCAAUUCCCGGGACAAACGCAGUUACAUUAAAGUGUCCUUCCCUGCUGGUGGUCGGUGACAGUUCUCCUGCCGUGGACGCAGUGGUGGAAUGUAAUUCAAAGUUGGACCCCACAAAGACCACAUUGCUGAAGAUGUCAGACUGCGGAGGAUUUCCUCAAGUCGUUCAGCCUGCAAAGCUCACUGAGGCCUUUAAAUACUUUGUCCAAGGCAUGGGCUACAUGCCUGCAUCCAGCAUGACCAGACUGAUGAGAUCCCGAACAAACUCUGGCGCCAGCGUCUCCUCCCUGGAAGGUAACAGGAGCCGGUCUCACACCAACGAGGGCUCACGCAGCCGCUCCCACACCGGUGAAGGCAACCGCAGCCGAGCGCAGACAGGAGAAGGGAACCGGGGCCGCUCACACACGGACACCAGAAUGGACGACCAGAACAAUGUUAAAUCCAUGGAGGUUACCUGUUAAACCCCAACAGCCCCCACCCCAACUUCCCCACCGGGCUCAAUUUGCACCGAUGAAAUCUAAUCUGCCAACUGUACAUAUUGACCUGACUUUUGAUGUUCACUCUUGAAAACAGAGCUAUGAGGACCAAAGAUUGUUUUGCAAGGUAGUCACCCCAUGUACUAGCCACUUGUAGCCACGC